UAUAUAAAAGUAAUUUCUCCGCAGGUUCCCAAUUUCUUCUCCGUUUUUCUGAAUCUCAAGAGCAGAAGAAAGGCAAGAGAGGGAGGGUCGAAAAUUCUCAGGCCUUCUUUUGUUUUUCUAUUUCCCGUUGAAUCUCUCUCUGAGACGAUCUAGGUUUCGAAAACUAAGGUUUCGCGAUGGCUUCCAAGCGGAUCUUGAAGGAACUGAAGGAUCUCCAGAAAGAUCCUCCUACAUCUUGCAGUGCAGGUCCUGUUGCUGAAGACAUGUUCCAUUGGCAAGCAACAAUUAUGGGUCCGCCAGACAGUCCUUAUGCAGGAGGGGUUUUUCUUGUUACUAUUCAUUUCCCUCCCGAUUAUCCAUUUAAACCACCCAAGGUUGCAUUCAGGACAAAGGUUUUCCACCCAAAUAUUAACAGCAAUGGCAGUAUUUGUCUUGACAUAUUGAAGGAACAGUGGAGCCCUGCCCUGACUAUUUCCAAGGUGUUGCUGUCAAUCUGUUCCCUGUUGACGGAUCCAAACCCUGAUGACCCAUUGGUGCCGGAAAUUGCUCACAUGUACAAGACAGACAGGGGCAAGUAUGAGUCAACCGCAAGAAGCUGGACUCAGAAGUAUGCAAUGGGUUAAAAUGUGCUGUCAGGUGUUUGUGUGGAGGGCUACUUUCCUUUAUUGUGACUUGAUCUUUCAGUAUUAUGUAUUAAAGAAGUAUGUAUGCUUUUCUUGUCCGUUUGUCCGUCCUUGAAACUUUGACCAAAAAGAGGUCCAAAUGCUUUCCCUCCAUCAAAUAACAGCUAGAUUUGAUUGUUUCCAUGGGGAUUUCAUCUUUAAACAUUUUAGGAUGUAAAAAAGUUAAAAUGUUUCCUUGUCUGGCCAAAAUGGACUUUUCUCCUAA